AGGAACACUUUUUUCGUGGCGAGGAGUAUAGAUGCCAAGUAGCCACUCCGGCGGUGUGGCACGCGAUUUGGUCAAAGGAUAUGUCCAAGUGCCCUGCACAUUUGGCUUCUGCCGUGCAGGCCUUGCAGAGUCUCCCUCUAGGUAAUCCCUCUUUUCAAUGGCCACCUCUUCGUUUUCCCGAUGACGUCGUUCCGCCGCCCCCGUCGACCGCUGCCGCCUCGCAAGUGGCGCCAUCUCCAUGUGCACCACUUGCUCCCCUCCCCCCUCGUCCGCUUCGUCAGACGAUUCCCGCAUCCGUUGAUGGCAGACCAUCUGUGGCAACGCAGCCUGAUGCGCAAGGCACCAUGCCAGUUUCAGGUGUUGGGGAACCUGUGCCGUUCGACGAGCAAGGCACUCGUGCUUUCGUCGAGGGCGGUGGGUGGGGGAAGGACGCUGGCACAUCAUCAGGCCUCGCCCCGUUGUUCACUGGCAACAGGGACAAGGUCCCAAGAGUUCGACGCACAGACACACGUCCGGMCGUGGCAGGAGCACCCGCAACAGGACAUCAAUCCGUUGCGUAUCCAUGGUUGCCUCCCCCUCCUUCGCAAACACGACGGCCUACACCAGACUUGACUUCGGCACCUGUUGGCGAGGCCGCUGCAAGGGCCACUGAGGGUGCGGGAAACGUCCAGCUCGACGAGCCCGUCCAGGUUUCGGAUUCGUCACCCACUCCUGUGCCCGUGAAUGGCCCGACCUCGCAGCACGGUGUUUUUGGGACACUGGAUCCUUUACAGAAUGUGCGCAACAUUGCAGCUCCGAGUCCAGGCCCCACUGCAUCACCUGCGGCCGGGGGCGGGGUGUGGGAUUCGCUAGGUAUGGGCGUCGGUGCACGAGUGAGGGGCACUUACAGGCAGCAGGCGGUGACCUCGUAUUACAACGACCCGCUGGAGCACGCAUGGCACCUGCAGAUCAUGCGAUUCAUUGUCGAGAGCGGCAUGCCGUUCAACUGUGUGAAGCUUGAGAGCUUCAAACGCAUGUUGACGUUGAUCAUCCCGCCUGGGGUUCCAGGAGUCCCCACCCCAAAACCCCCAACGUAUCACAUGAUCCGUACCACACUUUUGGAUGAGCUUGAUGUGGAAGUCCAAAAGUGUGUGRAACMUGUYCUCGCUAYUGCAGCUACCUACGGUUGCACGAUAAUGACAGACGGUUGGACSAACAUUCGGGGCCAAACGUUGUGCAACUAUCUCGUCGGCACUACACGGGGCGCCACACACGUCGCGACAGAUGUUAUGCGAGGAAAAAAGGAUGCCACUGCUCUGGCGCAGGCUUGGCUGCGAAGGUUGAAGUCCCUUGACAUCAAGCUCGCCAACAUUACCGCUUUCGACACAGACUCUGCCAGUUCAAACGUUUCUGCGAUGGAGGUGUUCCAGAAGGAUGAGAGUGUCAAGCACAUCUUCUGGAUUCCUUGUGUGGCACACGUCAUGGACCUCAUCCUUGAGGACAUCGGCARCAUUGACUGGGUGGCGACCCGCAUUGCUCAGGCGUGUUUGGUCACAAAGUUUUUCAAGCGUCAUAGCCACGCUCGCGAAGUUUUGCAAGCUUUCACGACGAAGGCUCUGCUGCUUCUCGCCGAGACUCGCUUCGGUACGCAUGUGAUUAUGAUGCGACGACUUCUUCUGCUGCAAUCGCAUCUUAUGCAGGUGGUCGUUGAUGAUCGAUGGAAGGACACUGUUUGGUCAACGAAGAAGAUUCGAGACGACGCCGCGGAGGUCACAGCAUGUGUCGGUUGUCCUCAAUGGUGGGAGGAUAUGAGAGCGCUGUGCAAGUUGUUGGAUCCCAUCAUGGACAUGCUGCAGAUGGUGGACAGCGACACGAGGCAGAUUGGCAAGAUUCUGCGUCGGUACGACGAGAUGAUCGCGCGUUGUUUGUCUGCAUGUGCCGCUUUGGAGAAGGACGAGCAGGACGCGCUGCUUGAAGUGUUUGACAGAUGCCGCACCAUGUUCAAGUCGCCUGCUCAUGUUGCUGCCAUGAUGUUGGACCCCGAGUGUUUAGAAAACGGGUCGAUGUGCCGUACUACAGGGAGCACAUUGAUGAACCAGUAUUCCAGCCGUUCGCAUGCCAUCUUCACAAUCAUAAUUGAACAAAGACAACUUGGUGAUGAAUGUGAGAGUGAUGUCAUCACCGCCAAGUUCCAUCUGGUUGACCUAGCAGGUUCUGAGCGAGCGAAACGAACAGGAGCAGUGGGCUUGAGAUUCAAAGAGUCUGUGACCAUCAAUUGUGGUUUGCUGGCUCUCGGGAACGUCAUUAGUGCAUUGGGUGACGAAAAGAAGCGAUGUACUCAUGUUCCAUACCGUGAGUCCAAGCUUACUAGAAUGCUGCAGGAUUCACUUGGUGGGAACAGCCGGACAUGUAUGAUUGCAUGCAUCAGGUAUUGUAUCUGCAAUCUAAUGACACAAAUGCAGAACCCGAUGCUGAACUCGAUGCUGUUCCUGAGGUUGUAUCAUGCGCACAAAAAGUACACGUGCCGUGGACUGUGCUAACUGUCGUUGUGCACCGCACAUUGCGCAUAUGAAAGAAAAGAAGAGCAUAACUAAAGAAAGUAAUGGAAAUAACUAAAAGAUUUAUUCCAAGCAACAUUUGCCUAGACCAGUAUCCCAGAAGAUCUAUCUUUGUUGAAGAAAUGACUUUGUUGAAAUUAAAGGUGUAAGGACCUGCCCAAACAUGGACUGAGAACACAGCUGAUUUCUGAGUUCUGCCGCUAGAAUAAAUGCUUUGCUGAGAU